AUGGGUGCUUUGACUAGCCGCCAGCACGCUGGUGUCGAAGAAGCCGAUGUAGUGUCCAAUCAUGCAUACAAAUAUCCUCCCAGAUCGGGUAACUAUUUUGGGAGCCAUUUCAUAAUGGGAGGUGAGAGAUUUGACACACCACAACCAGAAGCAUAUCUGUUUGGUGAGAACGCCGACCUCAACUUCCUUGGCAGCAGACCUACACCUCCAAGUUCUGACGAAGAAACAGAAGACGGUGGCUCAGAAUGCGUGAUCUGCAUGUGCGACGUCAGAGACACGUUAAUCCUACCCUGCAGGCAUCUAUGCCUGUGUAACUCGUGCGCAGAUUCUUUGCGGUACCAGGCUAACAACUGCCCUAUUUGCCGAGCACCUUUUCGGGCACUGCUGCAGAUCCGGGCGUUGCAGAAGAUCAUGGCUCCUACUGCGCCGUCGCUACUGCCACCCACUAGCCCACCAGACGGUAGCAUGGAUAACAUCCCGGCGGGGUACGAGCCUGUGUCGCUGAUCGAGGCCCUGAACGGGCCGCACCCCGCGCGCGCCAUUCCUCCCCCCUCCGCGCUGGCCGCCGCGCCCGCCAUCGCCAGUCCGGACACGGACACCGCCAGUCAGGCGGCCGAGGCCUUGAACCGAUGCAACCUGGAGCGUAGUUCGUCGCCGAGCCUCGGCAGCAGCGGGAGUCGCAAGGGCAAAGCUAAAGAGGAGAAAUCUGUGCGAUCAGUUGGGCAAAACGUCACUCCUGAGUUCCGGAUGUCAGUGCUGCUGGCUCGCGAGGAGGAAGCAAAACGCGCCGAGGAAAAGGCGACCGCGGCGGCAAGCAGCCCCUUGUUGUGUAACCACAAGGGACUUAAUGGCACUGAUAAAAUGUCAAAGUCAUCCCUAAACUCCGACUACAACGCUGAAGGCGGCUCAAUGGGUGAACCGUCGGGAUCUGAAGACGAAGGUUCGCUUCAAGGAGAGCUGGACGGGCAGUGCGCUGCACCUGAACCUGACGCAGCGCCUGAUAGUGACGCUGAGAGACUGUCGCCGCUGCUUACCCAGCCGCCUAAUGGGGUGCUGAAGGGGCGCAUGAGUGCGGGGGGCGAGGCGCUGCGGCUGUCCACGCCGGCGCUCGCGCACAUCGACGACACCGAUACCGACGAGCCCGAACACAACCAUCGCUCGAGCGGACGCGAGUCGUGUGCGUCAGGCGCGGGUGCGGAGUCCACCGGCGGAUCGCGCGGUUCGCGUGGUUCGCGCGGAUCCCGCGGAUCGCACGGAUCGCGCGGCUCUCACGCCGCCACGGCCGACGACUCCGACUAUUUCACGCCCGAAGACACCCACACCACCAUUCUCACCGUGCCCAAGGUCAACGGCGCUGAACCUAAUAAUGUACAGGGUGAUUGCACCCCGCAACGUUGGGCGCUGCCGCAUCACGUCACUUCUUUACCAGGUAAGCUACAAUGCUUUUGUGAGCCUAUACUACAGAUAAUAUAA